ACAAUCGCACACAUUCUGGGUCAUUUUAAAGAGACAGACCUGGAAAAAGGCGCUUGCUUCAAUUAGCGCUCCCUAAGACGGAUCCCCGGUGUGGACAUUUUUUUUAUUUUAUUUUUAAUUGACUUUCAUCACAGCCUCUUUGGAUUUGCCUCAAGUGUCUCUCUUUGCGCAUAGCGCCCUGGGAGUACACAUCUAUGAUCAAUCGAGACAUAUUCUGACUGGUGAAUGGGAAACAGAAACACGGAGCCAUCGUCACCUUCCCCCCCAUCUUGACACACACACACCCACACACACACACGUGCGCCUGCCCAUUGGUGAAAUUUGCGCACCCGACAGCGGAGCCGGUGUGUGCGCUCAGCCGGGCCGGGCACGCGUUGUCUGGGAGGAGCAGACGGGAUGGAGUCGUUUUUCACAGAGGGGGCCCGAGUUUGGGUCAAGGAGAAGGAGCAGCUGCUCCCAGCCACUGUCAACUCCUGUGGAGAUGGAACCCUGGUGGUCACAACGGACUAUGGAGAGGUGUUUUACCUACAGCAGGCCGAGGUCACCCGGGAGCGGGUGUAUGCGAUGCACCAGUCCAGUAUUGACGGGGUGGAGGACAUGUCAGCGCUGGCUGAGUUGCAUGAGGCUGCAAUCAUGCACAACCUUUACCAGCGCUACCAAAAGGAUAACAUUUACACUAAUAUUGGAAGUAUCCUGGCUGCUGUCAACCCAUAUAAACAGAUCCCAGGCCUGUACGACCUGGACAGAGUGGACUUGUACUCCAAGCACCAUCUGGGGGAACUCCCGCCGCACAUUUUUGCCGUGGCCAAUGAAUGUUACCGCUGCAUCUGGAAACGCCAUGACAGUCAGUGUGUCCUCAUAAGUGGUGAAUCAGGAGCGGGGAAGACGGAGAGCACCAAACUGCUGCUGCAGUUUCUGUCGGUGAUGAGCCAGAACUCAAUCGCUGCUCCUCAGUCGGAGAGAACUACGCACGUGGAGCAGGCCAUCGUUCAGAGCAGUCCAAUCAUGGAGGCUUUUGGGAACGCAAAGACCGUUUACAACAACAACUCCAGUCGCUUUGGGAAGUUCAUCCAGCUUCACUUCUCAGAGUGCGGAAACAUCCAAGGAGGCUGCGUCAUCGACUAUUUACUGGAAAAGAACCGUGUGGUACGACAAAAUCCAGGAGAGAGAAACUACCACAUCUUCUAUGCUCUGCUGGCAGGAGCCAGUAAAGAGGAUAAAAGUCUGUAUUUCCUGGAGGAUCCUGCUGAAUCUUUCCACUACCUCAGCCAAUCAGGAUGUCUGAAGGACAAGAGCCUGAAUGACAAAGAACUGUACAACAGUGUUAUGGAGGCACUGAAGGUUUUAGGGUUUACAGAGGAAGAAAUCAGAGACAUGUUCAAGCUGCUGUCGGGAGUCUUGCAGCUCGGCAACAUGGAGUUCAUGCUCGCAGGAGGGGCUCAGAUCACCACCAAGCAAGUGGUCAGUAACGCCAGUGAACUGUUGGGUCUGGACGCCUUCCAGCUCUCUGAAGUCCUGACUCAGCGAUCCAUAAUCCUCAGAGGAGAGGAAAUCUGUUCCCCUCUCACGAUUGAACAGGCCAUUGAUUCCAGGGACUCUGUUGCGAUGGCGCUGUAUUCCCAGUGUUUCUCCUGGAUCAUCCUCAAGAUUAAUCAGAAGAUCAAGGGAAAAGAAAAUUUCAAAUCCAUUGGUAUUCUUGAUAUCUUUGGCUUUGAAAAUUUCGAGGUGAAUCGGUUUGAGCAGUUUAACAUCAAUUACGCCAACGAGAAGCUCCAGGCAUACUUUAACAAGCACAUCUUCUCCCUGGAGCAGCUGGAGUACAACAGGGAAGGAGUUCAGUGGGAUGCCAUCGACUGGAUGGACAAUGCGGAGUGUCUCGACCUCAUAGAGAAGAAACUUGGCUUGUUGGCACUAGUGAACGAAGAGAGCCGAUUCCCCAAAGGAACAGACUUCACUCUGCUGGAGAAGUUGCACAGCAGACACUCUACAAACCCUUACUAUGUGAAGCCCAGAGUUGCAGAUCAUCAGUUUGGGAUCAAGCAUUAUGCCGGAGAGGUGCUGUAUGAUGUGAGAGGAAUCUUGGAGAAGAACAGAGACACAUUCAGGGACGACAUCCUGAACAUGCUCAAGGACAGCAGGUUGGACUUCAUCUACGACUUGUUUGAGAAGGUCGGCAGCAGAAACAAUGAGGAGAAGAUGGGGACAGCCAGACGUAAGCCCACAGUGAGCUCCCAGUUCAGGGACUCCCUCCAUGCUCUCAUGGCCACACUUAGUGCAUCCAAUCCGUUCUUCAUUCGCUGCAUUAAGCCCAACAUGGAAAAGAAUCCGAACGUGUUUGACCCAGAAAUCGUCCUGAACCAGCUAAGAUAUUCAGGGAUGCUGGAGACGGUGAAGAUCCGUCGCGCUGGGUUCCCCGUUCGCAGAACAUUCAAAGAUUUUUUCUCACGGUAUAAAAUCAUCAUAAAAGAUAAGGUGCCAGCAGCAGGGGAUGACAAGAAAAGAAGCACUGAUCUCUUAACUAAAUAUGAUAAAACUAAGAAGGAGUGGCAGCUGGGAAAGACCAAGGUGUUCAUGAAGGAGUCUUUGGAGCAGCGUUUGGAGAAAGACAGGGAUGAAAUCCGGCGUCAGGCUGCCAUGAUAAUCCGAGCCCAUCUACUCACUUUUUCUGCAAAGAAGCAUUUCAAACAGGUUCGCUCCAGCAUUGUUGUUCUGCAGAAGCACUUGCGGAGGCACAUCCAACGCAGACAGUUCGUCAAGAAGCGCAAGGCGGCGCUGGUGCUGCAGAAGCACAGGCGAGGGCAGGUGGCUCGCACCCGCGUUCGAAAACUCAAAGAGGAGAAGAAGAAGAGGGAAGAUGAGCAAAGGAAGAAGGAGGAGGAAGAGAAGAAGAAUACGGGCGGAGAGGAAGACGAAGAGGUUAAUGAAGACGAUCAGAAGGAUGAAGCUCGUCAAAUGGAGGAGAUCCUCCAGCUGGAGAGAGAGAUCGAGCGCCUGCAGAAAAAGCGAGAGGACGAGGUGUCGCAGCUGUGCGAGUCGUCCAAACAGGAGCUGCAGCUGCGUCGGGAUGCUGAGCUCAAGCGGAUGAAGAAGGAGGCAUCCCGGAAGGCAACAGAGCUCAUCGACCUCCUGAACUUUGGGGGUGUGGAUCCCUCCGCGGAAGCAGUCGGAGCCAAGCCUGUGGCGGAGGUGAAAACCGCAAAAGGGGCGAGCACAGCCGGAGGGGCCUCGAAAGAGGAGGAUGUAGACGAAGGCUUCCAUGCAGAGGAAGAGUGCAUCCCCCUGCCAGACUUCCCACCUCCCGCUGAGUCCGACGCUCCCAUAGAUCAGGACAUAUUUGUGCAUCUCCCUCCUCCUCCACCUGCUUUUGCAGAGGGAACCGUUCCCCCCGCGCCUCCUCCACUUCCAGUAGACGGCGUCCCCGCCACUGGAAUUCCUCCACCUCCUCCGCUCCCUCCACUUGGAGACGGGGCUCCCGUUCCUCCUCCUCCGGCAGAGGGAGAGAAAAACGAGGAAACAAAAACAGACUUGGAGAGGAAAGUGAGCAUGGUGGAGAGCCUGGUGGAUGGAGAGGAGCCCAUCUACAGCAUGCCGGCCGACACGGAGUCGGACUACGACCAGGAAGACGAGGAGGGGUCUGUCAAUGCCGGGGACGACAGCUCGGUGUCUGGAAGCAACCGCGGGAGCGCUACCGUGACGGACGAGGAGCACCCGAGGAAGUCCACCUGCACCAACACCAGCGUGGAGUCCUACAGAGGCAGCUCUGACUCUUACGCAGACAGCGAAGAUGAACACGAUGGCAUGGUGGACACUGAUGAAGAGGUGACGAACGGACGCGUGACUUUGCUCAACGGAAAUGGGCCACCAUAUUUCCAUGGUUACCUCUACAUGAAAGCUGGUCUGAUGAUCCCGUGGAAGCGGCGCUGGUGUGUGUUAAAAGACGAGACGUUCAUGUGGUUCCGGUCCAAGCAGGAGUCCUUGAAGUCCGGGUGGCUCUACAAGAAGGGAGGAGGACUGUCCACUCUUUCCCGGAGGUUAAACUGGAAGAUGCGCUGGUUUGUGCUGCGAGACAGCAAACUGAUGUACUACGAGAAUGACAGCGAGGAAAAGCUGAAAGGAACCAUCGACAUAAGGGCGGCCAAGGAGAUCGUGGACAAUCAUGAAAAAGAGAACGCUCUGAACAUCGUGACAGACGAGAGGACGUACCAAGUGUUUGCUGAGUCGCCAGAAGAUGCAAGUGGGUGGUUUAAUGUGCUUAGCAAGGUGAGAGUGUGCACUCCUGAACAGCUGCUGGACAUGUCCCAUGAGCAGGCCAAUCCUAAAAAUGCUGUUGGAACUCUUGAUGUAGGGCUUAUCGACUCUGUUUGUGCAUCAGACAACCCCGAUCGCCCAAAUUCGUUUGUCAUCAUUACGGCAAACCGGGUGAUCCACUGCAACAGUGACACACCCGAGGAGAUGCAUCACUGGAUCAGUCUGCUGCAGAAACCCAAGGGAGAUGCCAGGAUAGAUGGACAGGAGUUCCUUGUCAGAGGUUGGCUCCACAAGGAGAUGAAGACGAACGCUAAGAGCACCUCCCUGAAGCUGAAGAAACGGUGGUUUGUUUUGACCCACAACUCUCUGGAUUACUACAAGAGUGCAGAGAAAAACUCAUCCAAGAUGGGGACUCUGGUCCUCAACUCCCUCUGCUCCGUCAUCCAGCCGGAUGAGCGGGUCCACAAGGAGACUGGCUACUGGAACAUCAUUGUGUAUGGAAGGAAGCAUUGCUAUCGCCUAUAUACCAAAAUGCUGAACGAGGCCAUGAGAUGGACGGCUGCAAUCCUGGGAGUCAUCGAAAGCAAAACUCCAAUCGAAACCCCAACUCUGCAGCUCAUCAGAGACAUCAAGGAGAACAGUGUGAAUGCAGAAAUAGUGGAGCAGAUGUACAGGAGGAACCCUAUCCUGAGAUACACACAGCAUCCGCUGCACUCUCCUCUGCUGCCGCUGCCUUACGGAGAGGUCACCAGCUUACAUCGGCAGCAGGGCUACGCCAGUCUGCAGGACGAGGCGGUGAGAGUUUUCAAUUCGCUGCAGGAGAUGGAGACGCUGGCAGACACGGUGCCCAUCAUUCAGGGCAUCCUGCAGACCUGCCAAGAUCUGCGCCCUCUCAGGGAUGAGGUUUAUUGUCAGGUGAUCAAGCAGACCAAUCAUGUGCCUCAACCAAACAGCCCAGCCAAUCUGGCACACUGGCACCUGCUCACCUGCAUGAGCUGCACUUUCCUGCCCAGUCGAGCCAUCCUCAGAUACCUCCGCUUCCACCUUAAAAGGGUACGGGAGCGUUAUCCCGGCACCGAGAUCGAGCGCUAUGCCAGCUUCAUCGGAGAAUCCCUGAAGAAGACCAAGACUCGUGAGUUUGUUCCAUCUCAGGAGGAGAUCGCCGCCCUGCUGCUCAGGCAGGAGAUGAGCACCACUGUGUACUGCCACGGAGGAGGCUCCUGCAAGAUCUCCAUUAACUCGCACACCACAGCUGGAGAGGUUGUUGAGAAGCUCAUCAGAGGUCUGGCCAUGGAGGACAGUAAGAACCUGUUUUCUCUAUUCGAACACAACUCUUUCACAGACAGAGCGCUGGAGAGCAGAGUGAUUGUGGCGGACGUUCUGGCCAAGUUUGAGAGACUGGCAGGCAGUGAAGAGGAUGAGGAGGAGGGAGAGUGGAAACUGUACUUCAAGCUGUACUGCUUCCUGGAUGUAGAGAGCAUGCCCAAGGAGGGUGUGGAGUUUGCAUUCAUGUUUGAACAGGCUCACGAAUCAUUAAUUAGCGGCCACUUCCCUGCCUCGGAGGAGACUUUGCAGCACCUGGCUGCUUUACGUCUCCAGUAUCUCCAUGGCGACGGGGCAGGUCGGGCUGGAUGGAGCCUGGGAAGCGUCUAUCCGAUCGGACGCCUUCGGAAUCGCAUCUUGCAGUCCACCAAACCGGGCGUGGGAGCGGCAGGCGGAGCUGGGUCGAGAGGCAGCGGAGGAAUCGGAGACGUGAUCGGGGCCGUUGGAGGACAGGGCGGGACCGGGGCCAGCACGGAGAAACGAAAGACUCCCACCUUCAGGGAUUCCUCCCUCAGGAAAAGCAAAACGGGUUCCCUGAAGAAGCAGAAGGUGGAAGGGGAGCAGAGGCUGGAGAUGUGGGUGAAGGAGGAGACAUCUGCAACACGCACCAGCAUCCUGGAGAAGUGGACCCGUCUGCAGGGCAUGCCACAGCACCAGGCCAUGCUCAAGUACAUGAGCAUCAUCAAGGAGUGGCCCGGAUACGGCUCCACUCUCUUCGACGUGGAGUGUAAAGAAGGAGGGUUCCCUCAUGAUCUGUGGCUGGGUGUGAGUGUCGACAAUGUUUCUGUGUAUAAGCGAGGUGAACCGAAACCACUGGAGACGUUCCAGUACGAGCACAUAACGUUCUUUGGAGCUUCACAGCCCUGCACCUAUAAGAUCAUCGUGGAUGAGAGGGAGAUGUACUUCGAGACUCCACAGGUUGGAGAGGUCACCAAGAUCAUGAAGGCCUACAUCAACAUGAUGGUGAAGAAGCGUUGCAGCAUCAUGUCCGUGACGAGCGUGGCCAGUUCCUGGGCCAGGUGAUCAUCAAGCCACUCCUCGGUUUGUCCAUCCAGCAGCAGCAGGCUCCUUCUUUGGCCUUCUUUUAGUGUUUGGGUCUUGUUGAAGGCAGUUGCAGCAGCCAGCAAAUCCGACAGGUUGAGUUAACUUAAAUGAAUUUGGGAGACAUGGAAAAUGGAACCUGUUUCCUACUUGAGAUUAAAACGAGCAUGGCAGACAAAAUAACCAGUGGUUUUGGACUUUCACCUAAAACAUACACCACCCCAGCUGUAAUAAUGCAUGUAGAUGUUCAAGCACAUCACACACUGCUCUGUUGUUCCCUUUUCAGGCAAAAAAAAGAGGGAAAAAGAACAAUAACAAGCACAAAUUAGCCACCCAGUUUUGGUCUCUCCGUUCUCUCUGUGCACUGCCAAACAAGAAGUAAACCACACCCUUUCUUUCUUUGACUCGCAUUCCUCCGAUUUUUAAUCUCUCUCUCUCUUUCUUUUUAUGUUUCUUUAUUCUUAUGGCAUCUUUUUUCUGUUGUCUACGGUUUUACUCUUCUUCUUCUUCUUGCUUGCUUUUUUGGUGUUGUUUCCAGUCGUUUAUCUUUAACGUCAGCAGUGUUACCUUUGAGUGAAAGAACUGAAAAAAAUUAUUAUUCUUCUGGGAGUCCCACGCCUCCCUGUCCCACAUUGUGUUCGCCCGCGUGCUCACUCGUUAGUGCCACCAUGUGGCCACGAGGAAAACACAGCAACAGGAAGUGUUUGUGAGUCUCAUGAAAAGAUUCAAGGUGGUUCUGUGGAAGCUUACCUGACUUUAGGUGUCAGUGCAGAGUUUAUGUACAUUUGGCUCUGCAAAAAGACUAAUAUCUAUUUAUGUGAAGAUAUAACACAACCUGCAUAGACCUGUAUAGUCCCACUAUGUACACACAAAUGAAACAAAUGUAUCAUUUUGUAUAAAUCACACACAUACUGCAAAGUGGAUUUGAUUUUCCAUUUGGUGGCUACUGCACUGUAAAGCCUAGAGAUGCCAUACCUAACACAAUGUGAUGCCUGUCAUGUAAAAUACAUGCAGAAAAAUGUACGUUAAGAGUGACCACUGUAUGUCUGAGGAGUAUGAUGCCUAUGAUGUGCACCAUUCACUGGCUGUGACUCACUGAAAAGUAAAAAUGAGCGGAAACACGGGCUAUGCUGCGUCUGGCUGCUAUCCAGGUUCAUGUCUUCAGUUAUUGACAAGUCUACCGUUGUUGUCGUUUGCAGGAGUCACUCUCCUACUUUACCUUGAGCCAUAAAAUACUCUAUGGUCUUAUCUGCUUAAUCAGAUGUUUUUCUUUCUAUUUUUUGUUUUUAACUGAGGAGCUCAGGACACAUGCAUCAAUAAGUGAGUAAAUUAGAAUACUGUCAAAAGGAUUUUGUUUUUGCUAUCAUGCUUUGCAGCUUAGAAAAACUUGACAAAUUCAGUUUCUCACUUGCUCACCUUUUUUCCUUCCACUCAACUUUUCAUUAGUAUGAAGUGAAAAGCACUUUGUGAAGAGCCAGCUUCUUCAGCAAUGCUCCUGUAUGACUUACCACAAAAUUAAUCAUGACAGUGUAAGUCAUCAUCACAUAACAUUCCUGUGUUAAAAUUUGUUUUUACUGGUCUUAUGUAAUAUUCAAAUUACUGAGAAACUGAAUUUUAAGCCGUCACAAUUUCCACUUGAAAUAUAUCUUUGUGUGAUAAAUUUCUAUACAUGAUUUCCACUAAUUGAAUUUAAUUAAUCCACUAACUUAUCUUUUUGCUGAUAUUCUAAUUUAUUAAAAAUGCAUGUGUGCAAGCUCCAAUUUGUGUUUCCACUCUGAACAUUUCAACUUGACACUUUUUUGUCAAUAUAAUAUUAUUAUUAUUGUAUAAGCCCUCUAUAUUAUCUGUCCUUAAAUGUGAUAUCUGGAUUGCUGCUGUGUGGGUGAGUGUUAAAGCAGACUGCUGGGAAAUGGAAAAGACAAAAGAGAAGGUGUUGUAAUGAGUGUAUUCUUUAAAAAUAAGAUGUAUUUAUAUGACCACUUUUUUUUGCAAGGAAUGGUGUUGUAAUUGUGAGUUUGCAUAAGGGGAAAAAAAAGCAUGGGAUCGUAAUGGGAAGGUAUGGAGCUUAUUUAUUACUCUAUGUAUUGUAUGUAUUUCAAUGUCUAUUUGGAGGGAACUGUAAACAUCCUGAGUCUUUAGAAUAUUACCAGUAAGAGUUACCAGUGUUGGUUUCUGGUUUCCAGGGAGGAUUUAUAUUCACCAGUUUUACAUGACUUUUGAUUGGCUUUGGAGGUGACAGAAGAAAGGGUUUGCCUAGGGAGCUAUUCAUGCAAAAAAACCCCGCCAUGGAGCGCAGCAGGUGAGCCGAACAUGUUGCAUACUCGUGCUUUUGUGCUAAGAAGUUGUGGAACGGGUCUGUUAAGUGAACUACAGCUAGGUGGCAGCAUCACUGACUUGUAUGAACUCCAAAGAGCUAAAACAAAGAAAUUUUUCUAUUGCUAAAACAUGGUGAAACUGUUUGGUGCAUUUUAUUUAAAACAUAUUUUACUCAACGUUCAGGGGCAAUGAGAAUUUUGACUCCAAAUGCAUUUAAUUUUUGGGGCUUUUCACACAAGCUAUUGGCAGAUUAGAAGAUGAAGAAAUUGGAUAUAUUUGUUUUCUCAAGUGUAACAAUGACCAGUGUUGUUACAAAGAUGGAAAACAGUAACAUAGGAAAUUUAAGACUUCUAAUCAUACCCAGUUAGAACACCCACAAAGAUGUUUUUCUGUUUUGUUGAAUAAUAUAAUCAACACUAAAAUAGGCAGUUUUAAAUGUGGCAUUAAAUUAUCUGGAAAAAAAAACUUCCUCUAAGAACCAGAUAUAAUUAUAAUAAUAGUCAGAAUCUUCUCACUAGUUUCAAGUGACUCAGGCUAAAAUAUGCUCAAAAGUGUGAUCAUUUCAUAAGCCAUAAUUACAGAGCAACCUGGAGGGGGAUCUGUGUUGCUCGCAUUGCUGGUUUAGUGUGAAAAAUUCACCCUGCAGCUUCUGAAAUAAGAUCAGCUUGUGGAAAAAAAAUGGAAUUUGAAAUUAAAAGUCGACAGUAUCUGAUCACAAAUCUAUCUUCAAGGGCAACUUCAUCAAGGGCUCCUGUUAUCAGCCGCAGGCGGCCAGAGCUGAGCCGCUUGUUAUCAUCGUUACAUAGUGAAUCAUUGUGCUUGUUGGGG